GGGCCGCCCCGGGGAGCCCCCGGCCGCCGCCUCCGCGGCCGGCGACGCGGGCUGGCCCAACAAACACACGCUGCGCAUCCUGCAGGACUUCAGCUCCGACCCCUCCUCCAACCUCACGUCCCACUCGCUGGAGAAGCUGCCGGCUGCCGCCGAGCCGGCCGAAGGAGCCUCGCAGGGGCAGGAGGCCGGCGGCCCCCGCGCCCGAGACCCCGCGCACCGACCGCUGCUCCGAGACCCCGGACCCCGCCGGUCGGUGCCGCCCCCUGGCCCGAGCGGGGACGGCUCCCUCCUGGCUAGGCUGUUUGAACACCCACUCUACCGGAUGGCCGUUCCACCGCUAACGGAGGACGACGUGCUCUUCAAUGUGAACAGCGACAUCAGGUUCAAUCCCAAGGCGGCAGCUGAGAACCCUGACUGGCCGCGCGAAGGCACGGAGAACGAAGAGUUCUUGCCCACCGGGGAGGCGGCAGUGGACUCCUACCCCAACUGGCUAAAGUUCCACAUCGGCAUUAACCGGUACGAGCUCUACUCCAGACAUAACCCCGCCAUCGAAGCCCUGCUGCAUGACCUCAGCGCUCAGAAGAUCACCAGUGUUGGUAGGUGCAGGUCUGGGGCUGCAGACGGGCACCUGCAGAAGGCAGGGGCUGCCUUCCUCCGCAGGAGACGGGGGGGGGGGGGGGGAGCUAUCGCUCCUCAGCUCCUUGCCGGAGCAUCACCUCCUGGGAUGAUUUAUGUGGCACCUUCUGGGAGGGGAGCGACGCUUUCGAUGCCGUCAGUGGGCCAGGGGCUGCUACCCACUGUGACAAGGCUGGCGAGGGAGAGAGAGGGGCCUCAGAGCCUUGCUGUUGCGUUCCGCUGACCCCCUUGAGGAGGU